AUGGCCCGUAACUGUACAGAAGUGAGUGAAUAUAGAACACAAUGUGGGGUGUUAAAAAAUAGAUUUGUGGAGAGAGGAUAUGACGAGGCCAAUCUAGAUGUAUGCAUACAGAAUGUAGAGAUGGAAACAAGGGGAAGAAAGGAACAUACAAAAGGAAUAGUGGAAAAGGAAGAUAGGGACUACAGAUUUUCAUUUGUGACCAAAUUUUGCUCCAUGUCAGAUAACGUCAAGAAAAUGCAGUACAACAGAGCUGUCAUUAAAUCCCUACUCUCCAAUGACCUUGCCCCAGUCUACACAGCAAAGCAGAAAAAUGAGCAGCAGAAAACAGGAAGUAAGCCUAUUUUUACUGUUAUAGUGUCAAUGUCUCCUUCCUUACCUUUUCUCUUGGCCCAACAUAUCCUGAAGUGUGUGGCAUCAGAUGACCUGUCUGCCUACAUAGCUGCCGAGAAACAGAAGGGUCUUGCCAUUGAAGUGGGCUCAGAGCUGAACCUAAAAGCCAAAUUUUCCUGUUUACCUGGACUCAAAGGAAAGAACAGAGAACCAAUGGCUGUGCUCAUACAGAUUUCAUCCAAGCCUCCACUCACCAAGGCAAGCACAGAGGACCGGAUUGUGUGGACAGGUUGGUUUUGCAGGACGUACAAAGAGGAAGAUCUAUUGGAGGUGUUGCCCAAACUUUCGCAUCCCACUGUAUUUACUUGCCUCCUGCUCUUCCUAUAUAAUGGCUCCGAGGCGCACACGGCUAUCGUAGGGAUGUGGUUCCAAAGAAACUUUGACUGUUGUUUCGGUAAUCUGGUGAUCAGUUCUCAGGACCUUACGUGGCUAGCAGCGAUAUGGACCGGGUAUGAAGUGUCUGGAUCACUGUCGGCCACAGAGCUUGUUUUCUCUGUGCCCAUCGAACCUCACAUGGACAUGUCUUAUGCCACCCCCGCAGAGGACUUCAAGACUUUAUGGAAUGAUAUUCAUAAAUCAAAGGACAAGGUCAUGUUGGAGGAAGUGGACAAUUUAUUCCUAUGUCUUUACUCGCAUCUCUUCAGACACUUUAGAAUCCACUUAUCAGCAACCCAGCUCGUCACGGAAUGA